GCAAAGUCUCCAAGGAAGUGUAUGCUGCCAAGUAUUGGAAGCUAACUCAGCUGCAUUGUAUCAAUCAGACCACAAUGGAUUAUUUCCAAUACACGUUGCUGCCUCUGUUGGUGAAAGAGGGACAAUCAUCAUGUUUCUUAACAAGUCCCCAACCAGCGCCGGUUUGCGCGACAGCAUGGGAAGGACAUUCCUUCAUGUAGCUGCUGAGAAAAAGAAAGUCAGGAUAGUCAGUUUUGUUUGCAGAAAUCGAUCGCUCUCAUCGAUUCUGAAUAUGCAGGAUAAUGAUGGAAACACUGCACUACACCUAGCUAUCCAGACAGGGAGUCUUCCAAUGUUUUGUGCUUUGUUAGGUAAUCGGCAAAUACGUUUAAACUUACCAAAUAAGAAACAGCAAACUGCUCUAGAUAUGUCACAGUAUAAGAUCCCCUCAGGAUUUUUUGAUGAUCAGAACAGUGAAGCCAGGAUACACUUUGCACUUAAAGUCGUUAGUGCUAGGAGUGGUGGCUGUCGCCAGGAUCACUUUGAAGAAAACUACAAUGACCAGCUAAAACAUUAUGAAAAAGAAGAAUUAGCAAAGAGCCGAUGAGCAUACCAAUGGAGGCACGCCUACACUUUCCGGGAGUUAUGCUUUUGAUGCAUUCAUAAUAGCGAGCACACUCUCUUUCAUCUUGUCUGCGAUGGCUAUAGUAGG